UUCCGUCGACGGGAAGAGUUGCAACGAGUCACAGGGCGGGCGGCGAGUAGAGCGGAGAAGGGCGGCGUCGCUUUAUUUCCUUCGUUCUUCUGAGGGAAAGCAAGGGCAUUGGAGGGGAUUAAUUAUAAAUACAUAGUUGAAGAGGAGAAGAAGAAGAGGGAGGGGGGCAACUUUUUCAAACUGCAAACCGAAAAAGAAAGGAGGGCCUCUGAGGAAACGAAAUACUCCAAAAGGGAUGCGUUUCUCGCUGGCGGCCCUGGCCACCAACACCGUCGCCGCCGCUUCAACCGCCGCGGCCGCUGCUUCAACGGGGUCUUAAAGCGGAGCCUCGCCGCGUGCUUCUUCGCCCUCUUGUUUUCCCCUCAGCGGCGGCAUGAGCUUCGCCUCGACUUGAACGAACCUCGCUCUCCAGGUUUCUCGCCGAUUCGUUGCCGUCGCUUUCCCUCUUCUUCCUCUUCGUGAUGGGGGUGAACGCGGUGCACUGGUUCCGCAAGGGGCUGCGCCUCCACGACAACCCGGCCCUGAGGGAGGUCAUCCAAGGGGCCGACACCGUGCGCUGCGUCUACAUCCUCGACCCCUGGUUCGCCGGUUCUUCCAACGUCGGCAUCAACCGGUGGAGGUUUCUGCUUCAGUGUCUUGAAGAUUUGGAUGCAAACUUGCGGAAGUUAAAUUCUCGAUUAUUUGUCAUUCGAGGACAGCCUGCAGAUGUGUUUCCUAGGCUCUUUAAGGAAUGGAACAUCACAAAACUUUCUAUUGAAUAUGAUUCUGAGCCAUUUGGGAAAGAAAGAGAUGCAGCAAUUAAAAAGUUGGCUAGUGAAGCAGGAGUGGAGGUCAUUGUACGAAUUUCACACACUCUAUAUGAGCUAGACAAGAUUAUAGAAUUAAAUGGAGGACAGCCACCUCUUACUUAUAAGAGAUUCCAGACUUUAAUAAGUAGAAUGGAACCACUGGAGAUACCCGUAGAAACCAUCACUGCGGAAGUAAUGUCAAAGUGUACCACUCCAGUUUCUGAUGACCAUGAUGAGAAGUAUGGUGUUCCAUCGCUGGAAGAACUAGGUUUUGAUACAGAUGGAUUACCUUCUGCUGUUUGGCCAGGUGGAGAAACAGAAGCUCUUACAAGAUUAGAAAGACACUUAGAAAGAAAGGCUUGGGUAGCAAACUUUGAACGGCCACGAAUGAAUGCCAAUUCUCUUCUUGCAAGUCCAACAGGACUUAGUCCCUAUCUACGUUUUGGCUGCUUGUCCUGCCGCCUCUUUUAUUUCAAGUUAACAGACUUAUAUAAAAAGGUAAAAAAGAACAGCUCUCCUCCUCUUUCUCUCUAUGGCCAGUUAUUGUGGCGUGAAUUCUUUUACACAGCAGCCACUAACAAUCCACGGUUUGAUAAAAUGGAAGGCAAUCCCAUAUGUGUGCAGAUUCCAUGGGACAGGAAUCCUGAAGCUUUAGCAAAAUGGGCAGAAGGCAGAACAGGAUUCCCUUGGAUUGAUGCUAUCAUGACCCAAUUGCGUCAGGAGGGCUGGAUCCACCAUUUGGCCAGACAUGCUGUGGCCUGUUUUUUGACUCGGGGUGAUCUAUGGAUUAGUUGGGAAGAAGGAAUGAAGGUAUUUGAAGAAUUGCUUCUAGAUGCUGACUGGAGUGUGAAUGCAGGCAGUUGGAUGUGGCUGUCUUGUAGCUCCUUCUUCCAGCAGUUUUUCCAUUGCUAUUGUCCUGUGGGCUUUGGCAGAAGAACAGACCCUAAUGGAGACUAUAUCAGACGGUAUCUACCUGUACUUAGAGGUUUUCCUGCAAAAUAUAUAUAUGAUCCUUGGAAUGCUCCCGAUGGUGUUCAGAAGGCAGCAAAAUGUAUAAUAGGUGUGAAUUACCCUAAACCAAUGGUAAAUCAUGCUGAAGCAAGUCGCUUGAAUAUUGAGAGGAUGAAACAAAUGUAUCAGCAAUUGUCACGAUACAGAGGAUUAGGCCUCCUUGCAUCAGUGCCUUCUAAUGGGAAUGGGAAUGGAAAUGGUGGCCUAAUGGGAUAUUCCACAGGAGAGAACAUUCCAGGUUGCACCAAUACAAAUGGAUCGCAAAUGGGAAUGAACGAAGGGCACAUAGGGAAUGUUCAAGCAUGUACCAUGGGAGAAUCUCAUACAGGAACAAGUGGAAUUCAGCAGCAAGGUUAUUCUCAAGGAAGUGGUAUUUUGCUUUAUUCUCAUGGGGACAAUCAAAAAACACAUUCAGCCCAGAAAGGAAGAAUAUCACUUGGCACUGGAGUAUGUACUGGGAAACGUCCAAGUCCAGAAGUGGAAACUCAGAGUGUUGGCCCAAAAGUACAGCGACAGAGCAGUAAUUAACUGGGUGAAAAAGAGAAUUCUGAGGGGACGAUUGAUAGAAAACUACAUGCUUUAUCCAGCACCAUAAGGACUAAACAUGCCUACUACAUAGUUAACAUAAUUUUCCAGUGGAAGAGUGGACCAAUUACAAUUGAAUCUAACUUUCCAUCUGGCCGUAGCCAAGAAUCUCCUUGCCAUUCAUUUCAUGUUUCUGUCAUGUAAGGAUAUCCUCAGCAUGACUUGUAUUGAGAGUUCAGUUACACUUUGCUUCAAUUUCCUCAUUAACUGUGUUUUAACCUGGUCCUUUCUUAGAACUUGCUCAGCGAUAAAACCUGUGCAACAGGCAAAGUGGAAGUAUUUAUUUUGUAUAUUUGAACCUGUUUGUUAAUUUUGAUGUGCUGCAUAGUUUUUAUACUGGGAAGGUAAAUGUUAUUUUUCAUUUUAUUCAUUGUUUUGACCUGCAAAAUGUCAUUUUUGUUUCUUCCUCAGGCUAAGGUCUAGCCUUCUAUCCCAUUUGCAAUCUCCUUUUGUAUUCAUUUUCUGUUUUCUCUUCUUCUUUAGAGGGGGUUAUUCUUACUCACAUGAUAGCUAUGUUGCACAUGGAUUUACCUAAGUAGUUUGUAGUGUUUUUUCUACUGCUUAUGAGUUUUCAUGUUGCUACACCUGUGUGUUGGAUAGCAAAUCUAUUUGUUGUGUAUUUAGAACAAGUGGUCAAGCCUGCUUUAAAGUAGCUUUGAUCCUAAUAUGAAAUAAUCAUUCUGUUCCAAUCUUACCUUAUGUUCCUACAAUAGGGCUAUCUAUUUUCUCUUCCAGCCCUUGAGCAGAGUAGGAAAUUCACAGAAAACAUUCUGCACGAAUAGUGUCUUAUACGUUUGUGUUUGUGGGGGUGCCAUCUCUUUUAGUAUGAUUUCCAUACAGAGACCUAUAAAUGUCUGUAACUUCUUACCAGCUAGUACAGAUCAGACAAAUUAUUUAUUUUGCUUUACCUGCAAGGCAUAUGAAAACCAGUAUUAUUUAUUAAUGAACUUUGCCUCUACAUUAAAUGAAAGCAAUUUUCCCAACACACAUCCGUAGUCUAAUUGGUAGCUUCCUGGUUAAUUUGAAGAUUUAAAAAAGCAUUCAUUCAUUUGUUUAGCACCACUUUUCUGCUGAUUUCCCCCUGUAUGGACUGAAUUCUUCCUAUUAUUGCAACCUUUGAGGCAUACCAAUUCCACACUAAGUACUCAUUGUUCACAUAGUAGUAUUGCAGAUUGGUAAGCUUUUAAAGAAGUUUUGCUUUGGGGAGUUAUUUCUGUUUAUGAAGGAAAUUUGGCAUACUGUAUAUACUCAUGUAGAAGUUAAUCUUAUGCAUCAGUCAAGGACAGAUUUGGGGGCCAAAAUUAUGGAUUUUGAUGUGACCCAUUGAUAAGUCCAGAGUCAGUCUGCAGAGAGGAGAAGGAGCCAGUGAUGCCUCAGGGGGCCAGUAACCCCUGGUGUCCACCGCUCCCAUUUCCCCACCUAGGCAUUAAAAAAAGGCAGUGAAGAAAGUUGCCUGAGGAUGGGGGGAGGGUCAGUGCUUCUUUUGGAUUUUCUUGCCUUUUGUCACUUUUGUUUUUCUGAUUUAAAAAAUUAAGGUACUGUACUUACAUUGACCCUUGGAUAAAUUGACCCCAGUUUUUGGGGUCAGUGUUUUGAGUGAAUUUCUAGACUUAUACAUGAGUAUAUUCAGUAUGUGCAAAUUUGGCAUUAUGUGAAACUUUAAAAAUAUAGUAGAUGCCACAAGUACUUUAGUGAUAUAAAAACCAGUCUAAUGAUGAAGAAAAACAGAUAAGAAAAUCACAGGAACCCACAUUUUUUAUGCACACUGGUUUGGCAGCAGAUUUUCAGCUGCAGUCUUAUGCACCUUUAUCUGAGAGUAAAUCCGUGUGAAAUCAGUGGGGCUUAUUUCUUCUAUAGUGAAGUUGUGCUGUUAGCUUGUCAAUGCACAUGUUAAUAUGAAUAUCCCCUGGUACCCAGUUCCAUUUUGGCUUUUAUUGGACAUCACAAAGAACCACACUUUUAAUCUUUUUCAUUGUAAUUUUUAAUUUCUGUAUGUUUGAUUGAUUUGCUUAUUUAUUUUCUUUUCUCCAUCAUCCUCGACUUGACUUUCAUUGCUACUGAGAAAUCACACCUUACAUCUUAUGACACUUUUAGGCAGCUUGUAUAGUUCAUUUUAGCCAUUUAUGAUUUGCAAAUAGUAUACGUAGCUUUAAUUAAAAUGCAGUCAAUUUAGUAACACAUCAAUAUUAAAAAAUAAAGAGAUUAUAUAAAGAUUUAUUAAUUAAUAAUUCAUUGGAUUUAUUUUUGCUUUACAGCAUUAUUGUGAAAGAGAAGCAUCCACAUCCUCAAAUUUCAGGGCAAAUUUAUUUCACUUUGUAUUGGAAUUAAAGGUUUUUGUGCGAGUACUUGUAUUAAAAUGCAUUUUCAUACAUUUAUUUUCACUCAGUCAGAAUUGUUGUAUAAAAAGUAUAAUUUCUUGGAAGGCAUUGUUUUUAUCUGGCAUUUCUAUGAUUGUUUAAACUUUUAAUGACUUUCACAAAGGGCAAAUAGAGAUUUGUAAAUAAAGCAUUUGGCAACGAGUUUGGUAACUUAAUGUAAAUAUGAGCAUUCAUGACUAGUGAUAGACUCAUCAAUAUAUUUUUGAUAUUUCACUUAUGGCUUUCACUAAAGGCUUUAGUGGAUGUUUGUAAAAUGGAAAGUGUUCAGGAUUAUGAUGCUCUUGAACCCUUUUGAGGUUUAAUAUUUUUAGAUGUUGGACAGGAUUUUUGACCUCUGACCCAAGCUCUAUCUUUUCAUAAUGUCAACUCUUGUAUGUUUGUGUAUACUACAGCUGUAUAUAAGUCCCAUAUGCCAAUAUUUUUCUUAAACCACAGAGUUGUCAUGUAAAUGGACUGUCCUUGUAUUUCCCACUGUUGUCUUUAAUCACAGUGAAAAUGCUCUUGUUAAUAAAAAUGUACAUACAUCCUGCUUCA